AUGGUUACUAUGAGAACUGCAUUAAGCAUAGCUGGUUCAAAAGGAUGUCCUCUAUUCCAAAUGGAUGUUAACAAUGCACUCCUGCAAGGAGACCUCUAUGAAGAGGUUUACAUGCAUUUACCUCAGGGAUUUCACAAACAGUGGGAGAAGAAAAGUACAUACGAUCACUCAUUAUUCACAAAGAAUCAAGGCCAGAGUAUGGUAAUUGUACUAGUCUAUGUGGAUGACUUGCUAAUUAUAGGGAACUGUUCAAGGCUAGUAGAAGAUGCUAAGCUCACACUACAACAAGUUCAAAAUGAAAGACUUGGGGGAGUUGAGAUAUUUCCUAGGUCUAGAAGUGAUGAGAUCCAAGGAAGUCAUAAUCCUCCUAACUACCCCAACCAAACCAUCAUUAAAAGAAAACUCUACAUCGUCUUCACUCACAAUGAUUCAGAUUGGGCAUCUUGUCACAAUACGAGAAGGUCUGUGACAGGUUUUGUGGUAAAGCUAGGGAAUUCUUUGAUUUCGUGGAAGUCCAAGAAGCAACAAACCAUCAGCCGAAGCUCUGCUGAAGCUGAAUACAAGAGUAUGUCUGCUAUGGUGUCAGAGAUUACAUGGUUAACUGGUUUGUUGGCAGACUUGGGGGUCUCAGUUUAUAUACCAGUGCAGCUAUUUUCAAAGAGUAGAGCAGCUAUACAAAUUGCCAGUAAUCCCAUUUUUCAUGAGAGAACGAAACACAUCGAGAUUGAUUGCUAUUAUGUCAGAGACGAAAUUAAAUCUGGGCUCAUUGUGCCACACUUUGUUCCUUCCUCCAUGUAG